CGCUGUCCGACGGCGGUUCGCGAGGUAUGCACGGUUUGCUCGGAGGGUUGUGUGUGAGUUCCUGGCAGUCUCAACCCGUUCCGGAACGGGCACAAAAAUCAGAGCAGUGCGCUUACCAUCUCUAAAAUUGCUGUCACUGCGAUAUACACCGUCCCCGGCCUGUUUAUAGUCGUUCGUGCGGGGCUUGGAUUUUAACGAAGCCAGCAUACAAUGGACAGAGAUCGCGUGGGUUCGUGGACACGUAGCAUUUUUUUAAAUUUUAAAAUUAUCCUUUUUUAAUUCGAUGACUAUUAUUGCCAAUGUGUAUGAAUGUAUCGUCGCUAAAUGAUAAAGAACUAAUGUGAACUAAGCGAAACGAAGCACGAUUUAGGUAGGCUGUUUUCAUUGGCAUCAAGAAAUCAAAUUUUCCGGCUUUCCAUCUCAAUCAGUUGGUUUGAUUAAUUUUCACAAAAUUCUAAAUUAUCUCGAACACUUCCAAAUUUUCCCAACAAUGAUGACCGAUUCUGAGUUUUCCGAGCUGCAAGGACAACAUUUUCGCGAAAUGUUUGAAAUGUUUGAUCGUGACGGCAGUGGGUCGAUCUCCACAACCGAGCUCGGUGAUCUGAUGCGUGUGCUCGGGCUAAACCCCACGAUGGCUGAACUCGAACAAAUGGUUUACGAGGUCGAUUCGGACGGAAAUGGGCGUAUCGAGUGGGAAGAAUUUGUGGCGCUGAUGAAACGGAAAUCGCGUGAACCGGUCGACGAGAAGGAGCUGUACGCGGCCUUUAAAGUGUUCGAUCGCAACGGGGACGGCUUCCUGUCGGUGGAGGAACUGUCCGAUGUGAUGCAAAACUUUGGCGAACGUUUAACACCACAGGAGUUGCAGGAUUUGCUUGCUGAGGCGGAUAUCGACGGGGAUGGUAGGAUCAACUACGAAGAGUUCGUUUACAUGUUGAUGAAGUAAACGAUACAAGGCGGCAAUAAAACGAGUUUCUUGUUUGAUUA